AUGCACAGAAAAGCUGAAGAAAAUUAUAAUGGUUCCAAAAUUAGUGUGUCAGAUAUAAGCACGAUCAGCAGCAACAAUAGUCAACGUUAUAGUGACAAUCCACUAGGCACAAACGAUUUUGGACAGUUUGACAUUAUUGAUGAUCUCGACUAUGAUGAUGUGGAUGAUGGAUUAAUAGUUGAUCAAGAACUGUUACAUCAAUAUAGAGAAGCUAUUAUUCGCCAAUUAUAUGAAGGAGAAAAGAAAUUCCUUGAAACAUUAGAAUUCAUUUUAAAUACUUAUUUGUAUCCAUUACGCAAGAACACAAAAACAUCGACUUUUAACUUUUUGGGAAUGAAAAAGGCACCUUGCACAGAAAAAGAAAUGACAUGGCUAUUCAGUAAUAUCGAAGCUCUUUAUAAAGUUCAUGUUGAAAAUAUGGACACAUUAGAAGAAAGACUAAGCAUUUGGGGUCCAACUCAAAUCAUUUCGGAUAUUAUCCAGACCAGGUUGGCCCAAACACGAAAGGCUUAUAUAAAUUAUUUUGACCAAUAUGGUACCAUGAUCACAACGUUUGAAAGAUUAAGUCGAUACCAGCCGUUUAAAAAGUUCAUUGAAACCGUUGAAUCUAAUAGUAAAGGUGUAAACUUACUGAUGCUUUUAAAAUCUCCAGUCGACUGUGUUGAACGUUAUGUCUUUCAAUUAACCAAAUUAGCUGAUAGUACCUCUACAAUGCAUCCAGAUUACAUUGGAUUAAUGCAAUGUAAACAACGCAUUCAAGCUUUGGAUGUCGAAUUUAAAGCCCCGGUAAAUGAUGCGCUUAAUGUAGACAAAGUAUAUCAAAUUCACCUCAAAAUGACAGGCCAGCCGUUCGGUGUCAAGGCCGAGCGCAGAAUCAUUCUGCAAGACAACUUUACUCGGCCAAAUAGAUUAAGUGGCGAAGAGACGUGUUAUUUCUUAUUUUCUGACAUGCUGGUAUUCGCAAGACAAAAAUCAAAUACUUUGCAAUACAAGGGACACAUCCUUUUACAAAAAUCAAAAGUGAAACCAAACGUGAAUGAUUUUUCUGUGGAAAUCAUUUGUCCCUUUCAAGGCGUGGACUCUUUAAAUACAACAUUUAUGGGUUCUCCAACCACGCAUGUGAUUCGCACUUUAAACAAAAUAGAUCAAACAAAAUGGAUAACUUGCUUAGAAGCAGUCAUCACAAAACUCCAAUAA